GGCCGCUCUGUUACUUUACCGUGGUAUCAGGGCCAGGCCAGGAGGAGUGGUGGGGAGGGGGGUCAUCACUGUGAUUUACUGCCUCUUCAGCCUGACUGGAGGAGGCAUCAGCCGAGCGGAUGCGUUUGUGGAUGGCAUUUUCGAAAAGGGCACCGAACAAACUGAGCGAAACGUUUCGCCCGCCCCGCGCUCUGGUACGGUGACAUCAUCACUCCCGGCACACGGUGGCUGUCGAACCCCCCCGUGUUUUUUAAUUAUUGCUGCAGGUAUUAAGACGGCGCUGUCAGUAAACUCAUGAGCACAUCUUACUUUUAUGGGAUAAUAAUUAUAAUUUUACUUCCUUCUUUCAGGGCGACGCUGAAUAUGGAAGCGGCCUGUGACCCCCAGAGGAAAGAGUGCGAUUUUCCCGCGACGGAGACGCGGCACCUGCACUGCGAGGCCUGUCUGAACCGGCGCUGCAUGGCGAGGCCCGAGGUGGGCGUGGCCUGCGAGCUCAUCGGCUGCCCGCUCGUGUGCGGAGCCGUGUUCCACGCGUGCAAGACGGACGAGCACCGCCUGCUGUGUCCGCUGGAGAGGACGCCAUGUCUGAACAGCGCCUUUGGCUGCCCCUUCACGGUGCCGCGGAACAAAGUGGCCGAGCACCUGGAGGUGUGUCCGGCCAGCGUCGUGUGCUGCACCAUGGAGUGGAACCGCUGGCCCGUGGGCUACGCUGACCGCGUCUCCUAUGAGAACUUGAGCAGGGACGUGGACCAGACUGAGCAGCUGGACAUGGCGCUGGCCCUGCAGGAUCAGCAGAUGCUUCUGGAGUCCCUCAAAGUGGCCACCAUGAUGCCGCACGGCAUUCGGGAGCAGCGGGGGGUGAGCGAGAAGGUGACGGCGGUACAGAGUUCGGCUCAGGAAAAGGUCACUAAUGGAACCGGCCAUUUGGGUGAGGACCUGGCCAACGGGUUUCUGUCCGAGGGGAGAACCGACGGUGACGGGGAGCUCCACGACGAUCCGCGCCUCAAGGCCCCGCAUUUGGAUUGUGUCGUGUCUGACCGUGACCUUGGGGCGGUGGGGGGAGUGGUCCGCGCGGUGCCACACGCAGGGGACCACGCAGGGGACAACAGGCAUGCAGAGGAGAAUGGAUUCUCAGGGUUCUUGGAAGAAGUUGCGGGGAAAAAAGAGGCAGCAAAUCUGAAGACAAAGGACCAGGGGUCCCCCCACAACGGUUUCCAUGGAAACGGAGCCCCGGACCAGGGACGUCUGGCUGAAAGGGAUUCGGGGGCCGGAGAAGCGCAGCACCCGGAUGCUAAUGGGUUCUGGGACGCGGUCCAAGCAGAAAAAGACCAGGAAAUUCAGAGUCAUUCCAUAGCUGUUGAGGUCCAGGAAGGCUCGAGGAGCGAGAGGAGCACCUUGCUUCCCGAGGACACGCGAAACGAGGGACCGCGGGACUCGGCACCGCAUUCCUUUGACGGGCGGGUCGGGGGCAGGGUGCUCCCCCUCCCCGGAAGUGGGAAGGCGCUCUUCUCCCAACCGUUCCAGGUGCGUGUGGAAACGGAGGACAAAGCGGUGGACACGUCGGAUCUGGACGUGCCGGAAGGUCCGGAGGGUGUCCACGGAGUGGACCUGGUCACCGCGGCUCUGCUCUUCUGCCUGGGAGACUCUCCUGGCGGGCGCGGCGGUGUCUCCGAGAGCAGCCGCGUCCCCAUCCUACGCGCGGACGCCGCUACGCAGACCUUCUCCUUCCCCUCGGCCAUCCUGGCCACGAGAACCAUGGUGGGCGACAUCGCCUCGGCGUCGGCCUGCGACCACGCCAACCCGCAGCUCAGCAACCCGAGCCCGUUCGGCACGCUGCGCCUCGACCUGGUCCUCGAGUGCGUCGCACGCUACCAGACCAAGCAGCGCUCCAUGUUCACGUUCGUGUGCGGGCAGCUCUUCCGCAGGGACGAGUUCUCGUCCCACUUCAAGAACGUCCACGGGGACAUCCACGCCGGGCUCAACGGUUGGAUGGAGCGCCGCUGCCCCCUCGCCUACUACGGCUGCACGUUCUCCCAGCGGAGGUUCUGCCCGUCCGUGCAGGGCUCCCGCGUCGUCCACGACCGCCACCUGCGCUCCUUCGGCGUGCGGCCCGGUCCGCCGCCCGCGGAGCAGAUCGCCGCCGGGCGACCCGGUUGCGACCGCCUGAGCGGCCUGCCCUUCGAGGUGCUCCAGCACGUCGCCGCCUUCCUGGACGGCUUCAGCCUGUGCCAGCUGUCGCGGGUCUCGCGCACCAUGAGGGACUUGUGCUCCAGCCUGCUGCAGACGCGCGGCAUGGUGGUGCUGCUCUGGGAGAAGAGGCGCGGCGCCCCCUGCUGGCGGAUAAAGAACAAGGUGUGGCGCUUCAGCACGGCCUUCGGCACCGUCCGCGAGUGGAAGUUCGCCGACAUCGCCAGCAUGGCCGACCACCUGAGGGAGUGCCGCUUCAACGCGGUGGAGCGCCGCCUGGAGGCCGUGCCGCUGCCCUGCAUGUGCUUCACCAGGGAGCUCACGAAAGACGGCCGCUCGCUGCGCUCCGUCCUCAAGCCCGUGGCGUGACGCCGUCGCGCUGCCCCUACAGGCGUAACACACGUGACCGUUGCGCUCCUUAAUCUAUCGGCGUGUAAAUAAACGACUUUAAAUUUAUUUUUAUACAUAACGGGUAACUUCUCUGUAGCAUCGGCGUGGAAGCAGAGCCUUAAUGGAGGGAGGGCGGUUGACUCGUGCGUCCUGCCCCGUCCCGCGCGACUCGUGUCAGUGUGACGUCAUUGUCCCCGGUGAGCUUCGUGACGAAAGUGACGCUCCGGGAACAGCGUGUUCCUUCCUUCUGAUGGACUGAGCAAUAGGAACGUAUUUGUGCGCACUUCUGGGUUUUUUUUUUUUCUUUUUUUAAUUUUAUUUUAUAUUCUUCUCAUAUCACAUCAUCUCUAGUCCAGCUUCAUGGACCUUUUCGAGUUUGUAGGUCUCACACACACACACACACACACAGGCGUCCAGAUUUCAGCAGGAAAUCUGCCUGCGGCCGCCGAUUCUAUCGCUCUUUUUUUUUUUUUUCUUUCCCGGUUGCAUCAGGUUUAUUUACCGCGAGCAAUAAAUAAAUGUUUGAGUGUAUUGAUCACUGGCACUUUACUCCGGAAUGGACCAGUUUGAAUUUUGCUCUAUUUCAUAUAUAUUUCACGCGCGCGACACUAAUGUUAAACUGCUAUUCUGUAGAGACUCUGCGGCUCCACGCGACGCUGCUUCCUGCAGGAAACACGUGAGAAACACUUAAUUGAAAUGGGUUCCGAUAUUAAUUGUCCUCCCGGUGGUGGAGGGCGGGGGGGGGUGGUGUCCCUUCGCUCCGUGUGCCUUCUUUUCUCCACGCGACGGCACGCGCUGGGUUCGCGCUGCUCGAACGUGACGCCUCCAGCGCGGCCCCGCGUGGGACGGGACGGUCGGGAGGGUCACGUGACCGCCGUCCAUUGAGGGGACCGCCCCCCCUCCUACGGACACAGCCCUGGUCUGUCCUCCACGCGUGAAGUGGUGUUUAAUAAAAGUGGAAGAUGACACGGUGUGUCGUGCACGCGCCCCUCAUUGUCCCUUGUCCAGUCUCGUCGUGUCACGUGUCUCUCUCUCUCUCACACACACACACACACACACAACUGGUGAUGAAC